AUGCCCGGGCUUGUGAUUUCUUUUCUCCUAACAACCCUUGUAUUUGCUUGGCCGGUAGCAAGCCAGGUCGCCGCCGCCGCCGCUUAUGCACCCACGCUGACCCCCUGUCCUCCGGGCACAUCACUCGUUCGUCAUGCGGGGACAGGCCCAGCCCAAUCCGUCAGCACUGCUGAGGCAGCGUAUAUUUCCUCUCGGCGAUCUCAAGUCUUGCCAUCCGCUUGGGCCGCUUACCUUGCCAAUGUCCAAGCGAACCUCAACGCUUCCCAUGCUGCGUCACUACCGUCAUACGUUUCAGAUAUCCUGAGCGGGUCGAACGGCUCUUACCCUGGAUUCGGGAUCGCCACUAGCGGGGGUGGCUACCGUGCCGCGAUCGUAGGAGCGGGCGUUCUGAAUGCCCUCGAUGGUCGAAACACUUCAUCUGCUGCAGCGGGCACCGGGGGUCUCCUCCAGAGCGCAACAUACCUAGCCGGGUUAUCGGGGGGUUCGUGGCUGGUAACUUCCCUUGCUCAGGCCAAUUUUCCAACCCUUCCUGACCUCAUCUUCGGCCCAUCUAAUACAAGCUCAGACGCGUUCGGUGGUUGGCUCGCACAAUUGUCUUUCGCGACGCCCAGCUCGGAUGCGGUCCUGGAAUCAGCAUAUGUCGAUGAAGUCAUAGCGGAAGUUUCCGGAAAAUUGGAUGCAGGUUUCCCCGUCAGCGUCACGGAUGUCUGGGCCCGUGUGCUUUCUAGACACUUUGUGAAUGGGACGAGCGCUGACAACUUCUUCGACCCUCUUCCUACGCAUGGCGCGGGUAUCACGUUUUCAUCUAUUUCUGGCGUCCCAACCUUCGCGUCUCGCACUCAGCCUUUCCCCAUAAUCGUUGCGGAUUCGCUCUCCCCGAACGGAAACGAUUCCGCAUAUUUUCAGGGCGCCUAUGUGCCCCUCACAAAUCCGGUCUAUGAGUUCAAUGUUUAUGAGAUGGGGUCGUUCGACCCGACAUUGGCAGCUUUCACACCCAUGGAAUAUCUAGGCUCGCCUGGAAACUCAGUGUGUGCGACAGGUUUCGACCAAGCCUGCUUCAUGACAGCCACCUCUUCAAAUGUAUUCAAUUCUGUGAACUUAACUGAGCUUCUCCCGCCGGCACUCGACCCUAUUCUGACGUUCCUCGCCGAUCUGUCGGACAAUGGAACUACGCUCGAUGGAGUGGACACUGCCCGCUAUCCCAACCCAUUCUACGGAGUACAACCUAGAACGUUCAUCGAUAGCAACGAGACAGUGCUCUCGCUUGUGGAUGGUGGCGAUGACGGUGUUGCUACGCCGUACAUGCCACUAUUGGCGAAGGCUCGAGGAAUUGAUGUUAUACUGGCUAUAGAUGCGGCUGCUGACACUGACGACAAUUGGGCUGCUGGAGUCUCAUUAAUGGCCAUGCAAGACCGUGUUUCCUACUAUCCGACGACAUACUCCUUCCCUCCAGUUCCAACUUCCACUUCAGUCAUGCUUUCUCAAAACCUGACGAAGCGCCCCACAUUUUUCGGAUGCAACUCCUCCCUUGAGUCUUCUGAACCGCUCAUCAUUUACAUCGCGAACGGCGGACCUCCGCUUGAUCUCCCCCCGCUCACAAACACCUCCACAUUGCAAUUAGCUUAUCCCGCAGACCAGAUUGAUGGCAUGCUCUCAGAGUCAUUCGACUUUGCUACCCAGGGUAUUCCGAAUGGCCGGCGUGCCUUGCCUGUGCAGUGGUUGACCGUGCACGAAACCUAUCUGGAAUUUCGCGGAGUGGAAUUUGCGAACAGUGCAUGGAAAGAUAUUGCUGGAGCUAGUCCUGAUGAGCUAUAUGACAUGUAUCAUAUAUGGUGUUAA